AUGGCAGAGAGCAAUGGCGCCCCCGGAGCCAGCCUGUCCGCCGCCGACAAGUACAGCCUCAUCAGCAACAAUCUGCAGGAAGUCCUGAACAAGGAGAUCAUCGAGGAAGUCCUCAACAAGAAUGAACGCCCGCUACGGAUCUACUGGGGAACUGCCACCACCGGAAAGCCUCACUGCGGUUACUUUGUGCCCAUGCUCAAAAUCGCAGAGUUCUUGGCGGCCGGCUGCAACGUCAAGAUCCUGCUGGCAGACGUCCACGGCUUCCUCGACAAUCUCAAGGCACCGAUCGAACUCGUCGAACACAGAGCCAAGUACUACCGCACAUGUAUCACCGAGGCGCUGAAGGCUGUUGGCGUUGACAUUUCGAGAUUGGAGUUCGUGCUCGGUUCUGAAUACCAGACCACUGGCUCAAGCGGCGCCAAGUACUUCAUGGAUCUCCUACGACUCAGCACAUCCGUCUCUGGCCACGAUGCCACCAAAGCGGGCUCAGAAGUCGUCAAGCAGGUCGAAAGCCCUCCUCUUUCGUCCCAGAUCUACCCGCUCAUGCAAGCGCUCGACGAGGAAUACCUGCGUGUUGAUGCACAAUUCGGUGGAGUUGACCAGCGCAAGAUCUUCACACUCGCUGUCGAAGCUCUUCCUCGAAUUGGUUUUGCAAAGCGCGCCCAUCUCAUGAAUCCCCUCAUUCCCGGUCUACAAGAAGGUGGCAAAAUGAGCAGUUCAGAUCCUGAUUCGAAGAUCGACUUGAUCGACCCACCAGAGGUUGUCAAGAAGAAGUUCAAGAAGGCCUUCUGCCCGCCUAAGCAAGUCGAAGGAAACGGUGUGCUGAGCUUCGUCGAAUACGUCUUGCUCCCCGCGUCCGCACUCAAGAACAACGGCACGCCCAAGUUUGUCGUUCCGCGACGCGAUGCGGAGCCUCUCGAGUACUCCAACAUCAAGCAGAUCCACGAAGACUACCUAGCGGAUGUCCUACAACCGCAGGCAAUCAAACCAGCUGCUACCGACGCCCUGCUCGAAAUCCUUCUGCCCAUUCAGAAGACCUUCGCAGAAAGCAAGGAGUGGCAGGAGCUCGAGCAGAAAGCCUACCCACCACCACCUGCACCGCCGAAGAAGCAAAAGAAGGAGAAGAACCUGGGUUCGAGAUUCCCGGGCAACAAGCCUGCUAACGGGGCUAUCGAAGCCAAGCCUGAUGGUCACGUCGAGGGACCAGGUGCCCAGGAGGCGAGUGUGGGCAAGACGACAGAAGAGGCCAUGAGCAAGCUCAGCGUCAAUGAGAGCGACAAGGCGUAG